AUGUCGGAAGAAAUAACUCCAUUACAACAAAAUGUUCUAGAAAAAUAUAGACACCUUGCACGAUCACUUCAGUCUCUCGAUAAUACAAUCAAGGAUUUGAAUACAACUAAAAGGGAUAGUGGUAAUAUCUCUCCGGAACAAGCCUUAGAACAAAUGAGGGAAAUUGAAGUCAAACUGGGACUUGUUGGUACAUUAUUGAAGGGGAGUGUUUAUUCAUUGAUACUUCAGAAGAAGAAUGAAUUCAAGAAUUUAGAAUAA